UCCAUCCCCUUCCCUCCCGGUCUCGGAGGACCCCGUCCUAGCCCGACCCGUCUCGGCCCGCAACCCCCGCGAAGCCGACGGUGCCACUCCCCGCCCAUGUGGGCCCCCGCGGGCUGCCCACGCCUGUCCCCCAGCUCCCGGUUCCGCUGGGCUUUCCCCUCGCCGGGGGUGGCUUUCUAAGCCGCCCGCUCCGCGCCCCUCUCUGCAGCCUUUCCUGCCACUCGGGGCCCCCGUUCCCCCUCCCGGCGGCGGGGGGCUGCCCCCGGGGGGCUGGCGGAGCUGGGCCGCGGGGGCCCCGGGGCCGGCGGUGCCGGGGUCAUCGGGAUGAUGCGGACGCAGUGUCUGCUGGGGCUGCGCACGUUCGUGGCCUUCGCCGCCAAGCUCUGGAGCUUCUUCAUUUACCUUUUGCGGAGGCAGAUCCGCACGGUAAUUCAGUACCAGACUGUUCGAUAUGACAUCCUUCCCUUAUCUCCCGUGUCCCGGAAUCGGCUAGGUCAGGUGAAGAGGAAGAUCCUGGUGCUGGAUCUGGAUGAGACACUUAUUCACUCCCAUCAUGAUGGGGUCCUAAGGCCCACAGUCCGGCCCGGAACGCCCCCUGACUUCAUCCUCAAGGUGGUAAUAGACAAACAUCCCGUCCGGUUUUUUGUACAUAAGAGGCCCCAUGUGGAUUUCUUCUUGGAAGUGGUGAGUCAGUGGUAUGAGCUGGUGGUGUUCACAGCAAGCAUGGAGAUUUAUGGCUCUGCUGUGGCAGAUAAACUGGACAACAGCAGGAGUAUUCUCAAGAGGAGAUACUACAGACAGCACUGCACUUUGGAACUGGGCAGCUACAUCAAAGACCUCUCUGUGGUCCACAGUGACCUCUCCAGCAUCGUCAUCCUGGAUAACUCCCCAGGGGCCUAUAGGAGCCACCCAGACAAUGCCAUCCCCAUCAAAUCCUGGUUCAGUGACCCCAGCGACACCGCCCUUCUCAAUCUGCUUCCAAUGCUGGAUGCCCUCAGGUUCACCGCUGAUGUUCGUUCUGUGCUGAGCCGAAACCUUCACCAACAUCGGCUCUGGUGACAGCUGCUCCCCCUCCACCUGAGUUGGGGUGGGGGGGAAAGGGAGGGUGAGCACUCGGGAUGCCGUCUGAUGCCCUGUCCCAUGGUGAGGACUGUCUGGGCAGGGUCUGCCCCUCCCGCCCCUCUCUGCCCUGGGAGCCCUGCACUCCACACGGAGUCUGGAUGGACACAUGGGUCAGACUCUGCAGCAGCCUCACUCUAACUUCGUGUUCGCACUCUCUGGAAACCCCAGACUGGGACAUAAGCGGAGGCCCAGGAGAGUCCAAACUGUCUGGUGGAGACAGGACUGGCCAGAAUGACACACAGACAUUCGGUAAUCCGGGAGGCUCAAAGAAAAGCCAAGCCAGCUUUGUUGUGAUUUGAUUUUUUAAAAACUCUUGUACAAAACUGAUCUAAUUCUUCACUCCAAGGGCUGGGCUGUGGGUGGGGAACUGGGAUUUUGGGCCACUGGAUUUUCCCCAAACUUGUCCCCCUGCCCCCAACCUUUCCCUCUACAUUCCCUUCUUCCUAUACUCUCAGACCUGUAACCGGCGCGCUCUCUUUUUCUUUCCUCUCUUUUAAACCAUGCAUUAUAACUUUGAAACCAAA